GGCCAGCGAAAGCUCCCAUGCCAGCGCCUCCAUUUCGCAGGGUGGAUAUCACCCUGGGCUGCUCCUACCUGGGGGAAGAUGUAAGAGGCUUGCUGCGUGCCUUCAGCAGCUCGUCCUCCGAGCAUCCUGCUCCCCUGGUGCUGAGGGGUAUCAGCAUCAGAGAUGACGGGAACUUGGAUGAUGUAACUGAGUACAACAUCCCACAGGAAAAUCCUGACUCCUCUUCUCCCAUUGUCUUUGAAGCCUCAGCCCAGUCGGUAUCCAUCCCACACACAGAGUCCCUGCUGCACACAGACUGUGAUGGGGAGGAGGUGCACUGCGAAAUCUCCCCAUACAGCUCCCAGCGGGCUGGUGAGGGGCCCUGCCGUACCUUCUGGUUCAUGGCCACCCUGCAGCUCUCCAGCGGGAUCAGUAUCGCCCUGGUGCUCAGAGGACCCCGCUGCAGCAGCCGGGAGGAGGACAAGCAGCAUGAUGCAAUGCUGCACCCAAAACUGAGGAUUCCUAUGAGCAAGGAGGGGAUGUUGCUGACCACAGUUGAAUUUCAGUCGUCAUCACACAACCCUUCCCUAAACACGCGACGCUUUGCCUUGGAUCCCAGCUCCUCGCUGUCCUCCCUGGAGUGGAGGAGGCAGCACCAAGGCAGUGGCUGUAGCCUUUUCUGGUACCAGGCGGGGAGCACAGGCCCAGCAGCACAGCCAAAAGUCGACGUGGGUGUAGCGGAGCUGCUGGGGAGUGGAGAUGCAUCGCUUAGCCUUCAAGGAGUCGGCAUAGGAGAUGAAGGGACAUAAAUCUGUUUGGUGUCCAGCCAUCUGCACCAGACCCAGCACACCAUCCAGCUGCAUGUGGCCGAGUCUCCAAGAGUUCAUGUCAUUCCAGCAGUGGUGUCAUUUGAGAGAGUUGUGACGACUACACUGACCUGCAACAUUGCUGGCUAUUACCCGGACGUCUCGGUGAGCUGGACACAGAAGACUCCUGAAGAUGACGCAGAAAUCCCUCUCUCAAAUGCACAUUUCUCCAGCCACCGACAAAGCCAAGAUGGCACCUACAGCAUCACCUCCUACCUCAGCAUCAACUCAGCCACAGCACGGGCACCAGCCACCUACAGCUGCCAUGUUUCACAUGUGGCCCUGGCAGAGCCCAUCUCUGUGACUGUUCAUCUUAAGGCACCAGAGCAAACGGGAUUGGAAGGACUGGUGGGGGGUUUCAUUGCUACCAUCAUUUUCAUCGUUGUCCUCUUCAUUGUGCUCAGGAGAAGAGCAGCUAAACCAAAGCCUGAGCAACUUCUAAGGGCUUCAGAAUAG